GUCCUUUGGUCAUUUCACAAAAAGAGGGCCAUACGGCGCCGCUGGAGGCGCAAAGUCGUCACACCUACUGCCAGGGCCAAAAUAUGGUCAAACAAGCGCGAAACCGCGCGCCCGGGGCUGGCCCGCGCACCACACUCAUCGACCUGUGGCGAGGCGACCAGCAGGAGGUUGUUGCCGCUUUCCUACCCUUGAAAAGCAUAGCAGCAGUGCCCGUGAUAUCGCGCCGCUUUCGGGACCAGCAGCCCCUGGUUUUAUUUAGACUAGCGCGACGGCAUGGCGUCGCGAACGCAUUGACAGUGGCAUCGCUCGACGCUCUCGCCGCGUCGGGCCGGGACUGGUCCACGUUCUCUGGUGAUGCGGUAGACGAUUGGCGUAUCCUACCAGCCUGGCAAGAUCGCGACUUAUUUGCGGUCUCGGUGGAUACCGCCGAGCACUAUAUAGAGAUCAGCACAAAUGGUCCCACGGGGCACGGCGGCGGACUCGUGAAAACGUUUGAUGCGGCCGACCGGUUGUGCGUGCGCCAGCUGAAAUACCGGUUCCGGUUCACGGAUUCCAACCCAGAGGCAAGCCACGAGGACCCGGACGAGCACGCCUUUGCAUAUUUCUCCAUGGGUGGAGGCCCCGACGGACUCUCCGUCUUUCCGACUGCUACCGGCUACGAGCUCACGUGGUUUGGCUGUUACGAACCGCACGACGAGGAAGAAGACAAUGACAAUGUCAUCAUGAGCGUCGCGCCCGGGACGUGGUAUGAUGUCACGGUGACCUUUGAUUGGACAAUCGACGACUCUGAUGAGAACUGGGCGUUUGUGACCUGCGAGGGCGAUGACGGUACUAUCGAGCGUAAAAAGCGAGUUCUCUCCAGCCGCCAGCCGCUCACUGCGAUGAGACUCUACAAUUAUAGCCCGAGCGUCGCCCACUACUCCAACGUUGAUGUGAAGUACUCGCCGCACACGUCGCGCGAUGGGGAUUUCGUCAACUCCCAAGAGCAGUAAGAGGGCCAGCCGCCGCCCGUGGCGC